UGGAAUUAUUAUCACAGCUGAAUUAAUAAAUUAACCAGAAUAUUUUGCUGACAGUGACCAAAACCCCACCUGUGUAACUGACGGGAAGCAACACCCUGAGAGAGACUGGCUGUUCCUGCUUGUUGAGGGGUGAGAGUAGUGUUCUGCCGGCGUGUGCGUAUGUAUUUGUGUGCGUUAUGAGUGUAAUAAGAAUACAUCGCUACCACUUACCGGGAGGUACACCCCGCCAUGCGUCCCGAAUAAUGGGGGUGUUGGUUAUAGUGGCUACGACGUCAAUAAUGUGGGUGCAACACCGUCUCCCUCUCCCGCCCAUCAUCGCCCAUCAUCAAGACCACCCGGAAAUGUUCAUAUCAGAUCAGAUUCAGAAGAAACCUGAGGAUAACUUCAGCAAGACUCAAGAGGAACUGUUAGCCCUCACUCCCUCCCGUGGCUACACCCAACCUGGCUGUAACUGCAUCAGGUUCGGGUUCGACGUGGCCGCCCUCAGGAAGACCAGCCAGUCAGUAUUGGAGAAGCCGUGGCUGUACCCGGCCUGGUUCAAGACGAAAUAUUCCUUCCAGGGCGAGUCAACCUGUUCACACUUCUCUACCCAACGAGGUCGACAGCGAGUGGUGUCUUUCUCCUAUUAUAACCCCAACUCUACUACUGAUAUAGACUCCACCCACUUCAUGAGUUACUUGUGGCCGGUGAGAGUCCUGGCACUAAAAGUUGCUACCCUCUACCCCGGCUGGGUCAUGAGGGUCUACCAUAACGUGACAACUGACGACUACUAUGGCAACUCGUUUCUGUGCAAAAUCUACUGCAGCAAUGACAAUGUCGAUCUCUGUCUGGUUACGGAUCUACCUGGCCUUGGUAACUUGGUGCAGCAGCAGGUGGUGGGAGGACUGUGGAGGCUGGCGGUGAUGGGCGACCCGACAGUAGAAGUCUUCCUCAGUCGGGAUUUGGACAAUUGGAUCCUAAAACGUGAGGUUGCGGCAGUGGAUGAGUGGAUAAAGUCUGGUCGAAGCUUCCACGUGAUGAGGGACCAUCCCAACCAUACAGCUGUUAUGUUGCCUGGGCUGUGGGGAGGCUACAACAGGUGGCCACACACACUGAGGAGGGUCAGGGAGGAGGUCUUCCGUCCCCCUGCUAGUGAUACUCGCACCCUCGACCACUUUAGUCUGGCGACCAAAAUUUGGCCAUUAAUUAAGCACGACGUUCUACAGCAUGACAGCUACAACUGCCUCCAGCCGAGUCAUAGAGGUGCGAGAGCUUUCCCUGUACAGCGGAGGAACUACUACUACUGUGGAGGUGGUCCCUUCGACGUUAAAGAACAGUAUAUUGUGGCCCAGACGAUGUGUCCUGUUGAAUGUCGGCCACCUGAAAACACGUCUUGGGUACACUGUUGAUGGUACAGUCUUCUGUAAACCAUGAACAAAAUCCAGUCAGGCAAUUCUCACGAGAAAGGAAAAAUUCAGAAAAAAGUAAAUCGCAGUGGAUAAGUUUUUACCAGAACAGAUCUCCCUUGACAGAAUUCCACCUUAGGGAAGAUUAGUUGGACAAAUCUCGCCAAACAAAUUAUCAUUGGACAAAAAUCCUGAAAUCAAUAAGGCGAGGAAAGUCCUGUCUCUAAUAUCAACAAACAGCCCAAUUACAUCCUCCUCCUCCUCUGUGCUAUACCAUGUUAGGUUAAGUUUGUUUGUUAGGUUAAGUUGGGUUAGGUUAGCUUAGCAUAGCUUAGGUGGGGUCCAAAAAUCCCCACGCCGAACUUAUAUGCACAUGUGUAAAUAAGUAAAAAAAAAAUCAAUCUAUUUUCAUAUACACAGAUAUUUUUUUUUCAUUUUCAGUCAGAGGCCUAGCUAAGACCUUUAAAUGUUUGUAUAUUCCUUUAAAUUUCGCUAAAUGCAACUUCCUGAUUUUUUUUUCCUCUGGGGUCAGUGGGACUCCCCAUUACCUGAGGUUUAGACAUAUUUACACCAUUACCUAUCUAGGGUGUUGGAUUAGGUUAGGUUAAGUUGGAUUAUGGUAGGUUAAGUGAGAAUUUGUUCUACCAUUAUUUUUUGUCCAGCACUAAAAAACC